AUGAGAGUCAUAUGUAAGCAAGGAUGUCCAUGGGAGUCAUAUUGUGCAAGGUUAGCAAACAAAAAGACAUGGCAGCUGAGAAAGAUUGUUGACAAUCACACAUGUAGCAGAGACUAUAAGGUUAGGUUUUUGAAUUCCAAAUGGUUGGGCAAAAAAAUUACCAGCACUGUGAGAGAGAAUCCUGACUUGAAGCUGAGGGAUAUCAUGGAGAAAACAAAACAAAAAUGGAAUGUAGGGAUCAAUAAGACACUUGCAUACAGAGCUAAGUCAAUUGCAGUUGACAUUGUAGAUGGUUCUUUUAGGGAUCAAUAUACAAGAAUCCAUGAUUAUGGACAUGAGCUUUUAAGGUCCAACCCUGGUUCAAUUGUGGUUAUUAGUAGUCAACCUUGUCAACCAAGUCAAGGUGGAGAGGACAAUACUGAGAAUCUUGAUAGGCCUUUGAAUCCACACUUCCAAAGGAUCUAUAUCUGCUUCAAAGCUUGCAAGGACAAUUUCUUCAAGUGUAGAUCUAUUAUAGGUUUGGAUGGAUGUUUUUUGAAAGGCUACUAUGGGGGACAAAUCCUUGCAGCAAUUGGGAGGGAUCCUAAUGAUCAAAUGCUGCCCAUAGCAUAUGCUGUAGUUGAGGGAGAAACCAAAGAAUCUUGGAGCUAUUUUUUGGAAUUAUUAACAACUGAUUUGGGAGGUGUCAGAAUAUGCAAGACAUACACAUUUAUAAGUGAUCAACAGAAGGGUUUGUUACCUGCACUUGAAGAGCUAGUUGAUAAACAUAUUUGUGUUAGGCACUUAUAUAGAAAUUUCAAGAAUAAGUUUCCUGGUGUCAAAUUAAAGGAGUUGAUGUGGAAGGCUGCUUAUGCAAGUCAUCCAAAUGCUUGGGAGAAAAUUAUGAGACAGAUUAAAGAUGAGAAUCCAGAUGCCUUUAAUCACAUUUGGAAGAUCCCACCUAGGUUUUGGAGUAAAUCAAUGUUUAAAAGUGGUCCAAAAUGUGACACUUUGGUGAAUAAUAUGUCUGAAGCAUUUAACUCUGUCUUUGUAACUGCAAGAGCCAAGCCCAUUGUGACUAUGCUUGAAGAUAUUAGGGAUCAACGAUUAGAAGUAGAUGAUUUUGUUCCUGAUUAUUACAAAAAGGAGUGCUAUGAAGCAUGCUAUACUCCUGUGAUAUAUCUGGCCAAUGGAGCUACUCUUUGGACCAAGACAGAUGCUGUUGACCUACAACCACCUCCUAUAAAAAGACAACCUGGUAGACCCAAAAAGAAAAGGAACAAAGAGGCUGGGGAACAAGUAAGAAGUGCAACACAGCUUAAAAGGGCAAAGUUUGGUAUCAAGUGUAGUAGGUGCAAUAAGGAUGGCCACAACAAGGCCACUUGCAAGUUGCCACCAACUGUGACUACUGUUCCAUCAAGCCAACAAACUGAGACCACUGCUCCAUCAAGCCAACAACCAACAACAAAUGUUUCUUCUGCUGCACCAACAACUGUUUCUUCUGCUACACCAACUACAAACUCAUCUCAACAACCACCCAAAAAGAAAAAGGGACUUCAAAAGGGUCCCAAAAAGCAAGUUGCAAGUCAGCCCUAA